CAUAUUAUGUCUUGAUGCGAGCUCAUCGGUAUUCAUUGAACUUAGGACGGGCUGGAACACUUACGGCAUUGGCCGGUGGUCGGGUUCUUGGGAAAUAUAUUCUGCACUAUUGACCAAAUCUACCUGCUUCUGAAAAACUUCCAGAUUGUUAUAUAAGUUCAGGUGGAUCUAUCUCACACGGCUUUAUACGGGUGUUUCUACCGACCCCUACUUACAAGCUGAGAGAUGAAGUCUCGUGACUAGUUAAUCAAUGCUAUUUACCUAGUUUUAACGCUUCAAACAAUUCGCACAUGGCGGAGGCAGACGAGGACGCGGUUAUCACGUCGUUCACUUCCACAGGGACUUUCUACGUCGUUAUUUGUCCUGAUCAUCGCAAACGCACAAGGAGACGCCGAACAGUGACCGAUGCCUUGUUUGAAUGUUUGGACCCCAUAGCAGAACUUCGACAGCAGCAGUUCUUAUUCAGAGGUCCAGUUCUUUACCUGCUCGCGGGACGCCCUUUACGCCUAGUUCGGCAUGUCCAACGGGUUAGUCGAUUUGCUCGCGCCAGUCCUCCGCGAUGUUGCCAAUACUCGGUACUCAGAACUGGCAUCGAGCGCAAUUAUCGUACACGAUUACUUUCUUACACUGGACCAAGAGAUUCAAUUUAUUUGGAAAGCGAGGUGGACGAUUGGAAAGGUCCUCUUUUUCUUGAAUCGAUAUUACACUCUUUUUGUGGUCGCCUUUAAUAAUUAUGGUCUUUUUUCGCCAUCAAUAACAGAUGAUUUCUGUCAACACUGGUUCAAUUGGCAGGGUUGGACCGGACUUAUCGCUGCUGCACUCGCAGAAACCAUACUUCAACUGCGCCUCUAUGCGUUGUAUUAUGGGAAUAAGAAGGUGCUUGGCUUGAUGAUCUGCUUCUUCAUCUUCGCAAUGGCGUCUUCCGCAGCGGUUAUGGGAACUGUGCUGCGCGAUGUCAAUGCAAAAGCGAACUUAAUUCCUGGAACAAAAUUCUGCAUACCCUUAGGGAUUUCAACCCAUUUCUAUGCAUUCUGGAUUCCGAUUCUUAGUUUCGAGACUCUUCUGUGCGCGCUAGCUUGUAUGCGGGGGUACAAAUCGUACAGGGAUCACGAAAUUCGGAGGCUGGGAAGAUUAUCAAUGCGGCAUCGAGAUCGGGCUACAUCUCAACAGCCGGACCCAAAAAGAGGAGAAAUGAAUAUCUUGGAAAUUCUCCUGAGGGAUAGUGUCGGCUAUUUUAUAAUCAUUUUCGCAACAUAUCUUACGACUACGAUGAUUUGGAUAUUUGGUCCCGUCACCGUCAUCGAGAUUCCCGUUGGCUUCACAGUUGCGCUCUCCAGCGUAAUUGCCAACCGACUCUUGCUUAACCUUCGCGGCUCGCAGGCACGCAUGAGCUCCAGCGCAAGUGCAAGUGGCAACCAUGUCCACAACAAUCCGAACUCAUCUUCGUAUAUCCACACUGUUAGUAUUAGGGAUGGAAGCGUCUCACAUAUAUCAGAUGCUGUUGGAGUCGCAACGACAGUAGAGGACGAGCAAGGGAGGGAAGUAUCCGGGUACGAACUCCAUGCAUUGAGAAACCUGAAAGCAUCAGUGUAGCAUGCACAUCUCGGAUAUUGCUUGAUGGAGUGAGGCGCCAGUAAGGUGGCUUUAUGUACUUCGUAGUUUAUCUUCUUUUCCCCUCCUUAGGGAUGUGAGAGCUUGUGUCAGUUAUAUCGUAAGGUAUAUCGUGAAGUUUGUCGUGUACAUGUCGUUUUGUAUGUAUUAAUGGGAAUUUUUCUACAUUGCC